CUAAAAUAUCAUAUAUAGGGUUUUUCAAAAGUAAAUUAAUGAGUGAAAUAUUUGGAGAUAUGAAAAUGAAGAAAAUGGAAAGUGAUGAGUCCUCCUUUGAAAACUCCAUUAAUGCUUCAAUAGCUUCUUCAUCAGACUUGGUUGAUGAUGCUACAUCUUCUGCAUCAUCAUCGAAUGGGCCACUUUAUGAGUUAUCCGAGAUGAUGGCUCAACUACCUAUCAAGAGAGGGCUAUCAAAGCAUUACCAUGGGAAAUCACAGUCAUUCACAUCGCUAGCAAACGUGAAGAGCAUUGAAGACCUACCAAAGAAAGUGGUUCGUGUAAGAGCUAAGAUGAUGAAAUCAUGCAAGAGCUAUGGAUGGGGAUUAGAUGGUCAUCAUCACCAUAACAAGGUGUAUUAUAGCCCUAAGGCUACCAUAUCAAAGAAGGGUUCAAGUUCAACAAGGGUUUGUUUUAUGUCUUCUUCUCUAGCUACCUAGUAACCUAUAUAGUGAUUAAUAUGUGAAUUUUAUAAACCUAGCUACCCCUUUUUGAGUAGCAUACCAUUUUGAGGGGUUCUUUUUCUUUGGACUAUGGUUUCAUGGAAAUAUGAAUAUGGGAAGCUAUAUUUGAAGCAAUUAAAUUGUUGUUGUUGACGGGACGAAGCCAAAGUUUAUCUUUUAGGGCUUAAAAUUAAAUUAUAAAUUUUUAAAAGGAUGAAAGUUUAAAAAGAUUAAUUUUUUUUUCAUUUUAAGAGGGCUAAAGAUUAAUUUUAAUCAAUUAUUUAUCAUAGUAAUAUUUUUUUAUUAAAAUUUAUCUAUUUUCUAUUUAGGGUGGGUUUGGAUGGGCGUCUAGGUACGGUGCGUUUAUUUUUAUUUCAUACUACAGUAUUAUUAUAAUAUCUAAUCUUACCAUCACCAUUAUUUUUAUACUAAUCACAGAUAAAUACACCGUUCAUCUAAACCUACCCUAAAUCAUACGAUAAUAAUCUAAAUUUAUAAUACGAUGAUAAUCUAAAUUUAUAAAUGUUAUAGAAAACACUUUGGAAAAGAAAUCCAUUUAUAUUGCUUUUAUACUAUUUUAAUGUGGACCCCAAAGUUAACCACGUGUACGGGUCAGAUCAAUCAGGAACCUAAUUCUUCCACGUGGUCUCAUCUCCGACAAAAGAAAAACCAUUAUUAAUUUACAGUGUGAUCUUAUCCAUUCUCAAAUCCUCCAAUUACAAGCUCUAUAUAAACCCCCAUUACCUCCAAAAAACCACCGGUUCACGCCAUAAGUAAUCCAAAAGAAAUCGGUUCGAAUAUAAUUUGAAAAUUGAAAAACUGGUAGCCGGAGUUGCAGAAAAGAUGAAGAAUACCGGAAAGAGUAGCAAAGGUACCGGAAAAUCGUCGGACGUGAGGAAAGAUAGGAGAUCUGGUACUGGAAUGAUUGGAUCGCCAAAGAAAGGAGGUCAUGGCGGGAAGUUCACUUGGGCCGGAGAUGGCUUUUCGCCGGCUGAGAUUGGAGUUGAGAAACAGGUUUUUGAUGUUAAGGAUCCUAACUUUGAAGAUCCUGAUGAAAUCGUGAAUGAUAAUUAAUUGUGUUGUCUAUGAUGGUAGUGUGAGAUCGUUAUUAUUAUCAUCAUCGAUCGUUGCCUUUGGUUUUUUUUUUUUCUAAUCUAGUUUUUAUGAUGAGACCAUGAAAAGUGUUUAUGAAUAAAUUUGUAGAAAUUGCGGUUUUAA